GUUGCUCACUUCUAUCCCUCCUCCAGUGCACCAACAAGCUCUGACUUGGUGAGCAUGGCAGGUUCUUCCAGUCGGCAGAUAGGGAUCCAGGAGCGAGGGGCCUGGGCCAGCAAGCUGGAGUUCAUUCUGACAGUAGCAGGGGCUAUUGUAGGACUGGGAAAUGUCUGGAGGUUUCCAUAUCUCUGCUAUAAAAAUGGAGGAGGGGCAUUCUUCAUUCCGUAUGUGCUGUACCUGGUGACAUGUGGGAUACCUCUGUUUAUACUGGAGAUGUCACUUGGUCAGUACACAAGCCAAGGAGGAAUCACCUGCUGGACAAAGAUCUGUCCUCUUUUUGAAGGUCUGGGAUAUGCCAGUCAGGUGAUCAUUGUAUAUGGUAGCAUCACCUACAUUGUGAUCAUGGUCUGGGCUUUUCUAUACCUUCUGUCAGCCUUGAGUUUGGAGCUACCCUGGGCCUCCUGUGAAAAUGCCUGGAAUACAGAUGCCUGCACGGUCUUACACGGGAAGAAUUCCAGUUUGAACUGGACAUCUCCCCUCAAUGCCACCUCACCUGUAAUGGAAUUCUGGCGACGUAGAGUACUGCACUUAUCCUCUGGCGUGGAGAGCCUGGGUUCAGUAAGGUGGGAUUUGGCCCUAAUUCUCCUUUUGGUCUGGAUCAUUAUCUACUUCUGCAUAUGGAAAGGAGUAAAGUCCACCGGCAAGGCCGCCUACUUCACAGCCACAUUCCCUUAUUUGAUGCUUGUGGUCUUGCUGGUAAGAGGAGUGACUUUGCCUGGUGCAGCAGAUGGCAUUCACUACUACAUGUACCCCAAUGUUUCCCGACUUGCUGAUCCGCAGGUUUGGAUGGAUGCUGGUACUCAGAUUUUCUAUUCAUAUGCCAUAUGUCUGGGCUAUCUCUCCUCUCUUGGCAGCUACAACAGUUAUAACAAUAACUGCUACAGAGAUUCCUUCUACCUGUGCCUCCUGAACAGUGGGACUAGUUUUGUGUCAGGGUUUGCCAUCUUCUCUGUGCUAGGUCACAUGGCAAAAGAGCAGGGGGUGGAUAUCUCUCUGGUGGCAGAGUCUGGUCCAGGGCUGGUGUUUAUAGUGUACCCACAGGCGGUUACACUGCUGCCGUGGUCUCAGUUCUGGGCUGUUUGCUUCUUCACCAUGAUCAUCCUCCUCGGUUUGGACAGCCAGUUUGUGGGUGUAGAGAGUAUCAUGACCUCAGUGACGGAUGUGUUUCCCAGUGUUCUGAGACGUGGCUACCGCAGAGAGCUGCUGCUGUUAGCACUUUGCCUCUUCUGCUACCUUAUGGGCCUGUUUAUGAUCGCUGAGGGUGGUCUGUACAUCAUCCAGCUGUUCGAUCACUAUGUUUGUAGUGGUGCUACUCUGCUGUUCCUUGCAAUCUGCCAGUCUGUGGCUAUUGGAUGGGUUUAUGGUGCUGAACGUUUCUAUGAGAACUUGGAGGAUAUGAUUGGUUAUCGUCCUUGGCCUGUGGUCAAAUAUUGCUGGCUCUAUGUCACUCCUUCCAUGUGCAUGGGAACGUUCUUCUUCUACCUGAUCAGAUACACUCCUCUGAAGUUCAACAACACAUAUGUUUAUCCAUGGUGGGCCUAUGGGCUUGGCUGGUUCCUAGCUUCAUCCUCCCUCUCUCUCAUUCCCAUAACCAUGAUCUACAAGGUUUACCGGGGCAAAGGCACAAUUUGGGAGCGUCUUCAGGCCGCUUGUAACCCUGCAGAUGAUUUGCCUCAGCCACAGAGACAUCCAGCAAGACAUCGCCCUCUUCCACAACCCAGAGAUGAAGAAAAGACAUCCAACAUCCCCUAAAAUUUAAUCCCUCUUCAUACAGUCCCUUCUAAAUAGAAGUUCUAUAGUUCCAUAGGAUUCCAUAGUAAAAGUAGAUAAAAAAACAUCAAAAAGACAACAAGAACUUUAAAUACCUAAAUUCAUGUAAUUCAGUUUUGAACUCUAGCCUUUACUGUUGCAUAGAAUGUACAGCAACAUUUGCAACCGUUUUUCUCGUAUGCUGAUGCCUAAUUACUUAUAUUGGCCAUAAUAGUCACAUGGUGUGAUAAUCCACCAUAUGUAGUCUUUUACCAUGCCAGUCUAGACAAAUACAUUUUGUGGAUCUGUGGAUCUAUAAACUAAAACUUUAUAUAUAAUAUGUUCUUGAUUCUCCAUAUACUGCUAGAAAAACCUAUUCUACAAGAAUAAGUUUAAUCCCUGUAAGUUAAUAAUGGAGUCACUGCAGAUUUGGCUUGUUACAGCACAUUCCACGCACAAAAGAUUCACACAAUCCAGCAUUUUUUCACAGGACAUGAGGGAAAACAGGACUUACUGGUCCAGAUGGAAUGGCAUUUGAUUUAUGCAAGAUCCAGUUCUGUCCUUACUUAUUAAUUGUAGUUGCCUUGGCCAGGGGACUGAGUGGGCAAAGUGUGAUGCAUAUUCUGACACAUUCAUCCCAUACAUGUCAUUAAAUAUUUCCUAAUGAAUUUCAAAGGAAUAUGCCCUGAAAAAAUGAUUAAUCAUGUAAGUCCAAUACCACUCCUCAGACCACUAUCAGGAGAUUCUCAUCACUUGAUCAGAAGCCUUGCUGUUUUGGAGAAUCUCUGACCCAGGAGUUUGACUUUUAUCAAAUUAUCUCAUGUCUUCAUGCCUGUCCAUUUCUCCUGCUUCCAUCCAUCAGUGUUCAGGUAGUGUUUAACAUAGUGGAUGUCACAGAACUUGACGUAUAUUUGUAAUGCAUUCUUGUCAAUAUUCAUUUUAUCUGCCAUAAUAUCUUGGUUUACUGAUGUUUUGUUUUUUUUAGUUGACAGGGACAAUGGUCAUUAAUCAACAGAAAACAACUGUAAAUAAGCCGGAGUUAGCCGUAAAGGCUAAUUUUCAUCUGUAGUCCCUGGCCAGCUCUUACUAUGUGCCUUGAAAGCAGUAUUAGUGUUUAGAAUUUAUGAGAAUAGAGAUUACCAGGUCCUGGAAUGACCCUACCCUGCACAUUUUGGUGUUUUUCUAGUCAGACAAACCUGAUUCAACUAAUCAGAUCAUUAACAAACCCAUCCUGAGUUAAAGUAAGCUGUGAUACACACUAAACAAAAAGAGUUAUAGAUGAUAAAUAGUUUAAUGUAGUACUAUAAUGUAAGCAUUCAAAUGUUUUUUUUUAAACCCCUGCCUCUAACCUUAAAGAAGCUGUGUAGCGUAGUGUUAUACAGGAAACAGUAUACAGGAAAGGGGUUACUCCAGGACUGGAAACCAUUACCCUAAAUAUUAUUAUAACAAACCCCUUGAUUAUUCAUUUAUUUAUCACUCCUUCUAUUUAUCAUAUUACUUCUACCAGUUAAUGUAUAGUAACAUAUGUAAGAAUAUCGUAAAAACAAUAUAAAUCUGUUAGCAAUCAUGUGUGCUGUGAUAUAAUAUAAAAAAUUACACUUGAUAUUAUAUUAUAUUAAAAGGAAUACAUCAUGUAACUCAAGCACCAGCCAUUGAGAUAAAUAAAAGUGUUUUUUUUAUGAAGUGCUUAAAAAAGAUUCUGCUUACAGUUCUUGUAAGAACUGUUACGAUUACCAUUAUGGAGUCCACAGAAAAUAAAGUGGCAGGACCACUAUUUCUUAAUUAAAUAUCGGAAACUGUGCCUUGAAAAUACUUCAGCUGAAAAAAAUGUUUUUUACUCAAUCAAUUUAGCAUGGAUUUCCUCUGAUUACAUGUGUCUUUUAAACUGAUUUAAAAUUGACAGGUUUAGCCAAAAUCAGUUUGAAAUCUGAAGUCAAGUGUUUUUCAAUAGUUUACACGACAGAUAUGAGGCUGAUAUGGCUAACAGGCAAUUAAAAGCUCAUGUUAGCUCUGUGUCACCUAAAGCAGAUUUGAGCGCUGGCCUACCUGCAGCUUCAUGCAACCACUGUCACACUGCUUUUCACCACACCUUAAAAUACCUGAAUACAAGUGUAUAUAAAUAUCAAAUCUACAUUUGACUUUUUAUCUUAUGUAUUUGUUUAUAUACUCAUAUUUUUAUUUGUAUUAAACGAUAGAUGGUAAAACUAAA